UUCCCCGGGGGCGGGUGUCACCAUCUGUUCGCUGUCAUCCAGUUGCUUCGUAGAUUUCGGCAGCGGCGACAAGCCGUUGUACAAGAGGACUUUUGCCUUGUACUGAUUAUUAUUUUUAAAAAAUAAAAAGUUGAAUGGCCCUGAGUGUCAGUGAAAAUGGAGCGCAGGUGUGCGGGGCUGAUCUGCACUCUCUUCAUCAUCACAAGCAGCAGCUGAAGACCACGGAGGAGGGCAUGAAAAAGGAUGGCGCUGAUUCUUAUUGGUCCAGGCCUGAAUCUCGAAUAUGGACCAUAGCGUUGCUACUUGGGACCUGCCUGCUCUACUGCACGAGGGUCGCGCUGCCCAUCUCUGUUGCCGCCAUGAGCGCUCACUUUGACUGGGACAAGAGGCAGUCAGGCAUCGUGCUGAGCAGCUUCUUCUGGGGCUACUGUCUGACCCAAAUCGUCGGAGGCCACCUGAGCGAUCGGAUAGGAGGAGAGAAAGUUAUCCUUCUCUCUGCAUCCGUCUGGGGCUCCAUCACGGCCAUCACCCCUCUGCUCACCUAUGUCGGCUCUGCUCACCUGGUUCUCAUCGCUUUCUCCCGGUUCCUUAUGGGCUUACUGCAAGGGGUUUACUUUCCUGCCUUGGCAAGCCUGUUUUCCCGGAAAGUGCGGGAGAACGAAAGGGCAUUCACAUACAGCACGGUUGGGACAGGAUCUCAGUUUGGGACGCUGGUGAUGGGGGCCGCCGGGUCCCUGCUUCUCGACUGGUAUGGCUGGAAGAGCGUCUUCUACUUCUCGGGGGCCCUGACAUUGCUGUGGGUUUACUGCAUGCGCAAAUACCUCGUGAAUGGAAAGGAACUCAUCAUCCCUUUGGAAGACUUAGCAAAGGGCCUCUCCUUAUCCAAACAGACCAAAGUGCCUUGGAAACAGAUAUUCAAAAAGGCCCCUGUAUGGGCAGUGAUCACAGCUCAACUGUGUGCGGCCGGCUCCUUUUUCACCCUCCUCUCCUGGCUUCCGACUUUCUUCAAGGAGACUUUUCCUGAUUCCAAAGGGUGGGUAUUUAAUGUUGUGCCUUGGCUGGUGGCAAUCCCGACAAGCUUGUUCAGCGGAUUCCUUUCUGACCAGUUUAUCAAUCAAGGAUAUAAAGCAAUCACUGUCCGUAAGUUCAUGCAGGUCGUCGGCUCAGGGGUUUCCAGCAUGUUUGCCCUGUGCAUAGGUCACACCAACAGCUUCUGCCGUGCGGUUGUUUUUGCGUCGGCCUGCGUGGGACUACAGGCCUUCAACCACAGUGGCAUCUCAGUCAAUAUACAAGACCUGGCUCCUUCGUGUGCUGGCUUGCUGUUUGGUGUGGCAAAUACCGGUGGGGCCUUAUUAGGUGUUGUUUGUGUGUACCUAGCCGGACAUCUGAUCGAAAUCACUGGUUCAUGGGUAUCUGUUUUCAAUCUUGUGGCAGCAGUAAACGCCUUUGGACUUUGCACUUUCCUCAUCUUUGGGAAAGCUCACAGAGUGGACACAGACUCUGCUUUUGUAGAACUGUAGGGACCAAGAUUUAGACAGGACACAAAGUCUGGAAUGGGAGAACGCAGAAUUUAAACAGGACACCGAGAUAGUUUUUAUGGAUGAAGAAAUGGAUGAAGAAUGAACGAAGAAAUUGACAAAUGGA